AUGUCAAUCAUAAAUUAAGAACUUUUACAAAAAGUUAUAUAGCUAAUAAACAGUUAACCCUCCAUUUAUUAGUAAUUGAAUUCAACAGAACUUGAUAAGGGAAUAGAUCUUAUUGAUAUCUAUUCUGUUUAUGGAGAUGUAGAUUAAAAUAUAUAUGAAGAACCAGGCGAAAUUCAGUUUAAUUUUGAAAUGGAAUAAGAGUAGCCAUACGAAGAAGUCAAGGAAAGUAUUCCUUUAUAGAAUACUAAAAAAUCACAAAUCACUUUGGAUUAAAUUAAAAAUUAUGAUAAAUGCGAUUAAGUAUAUAGAACUAUAGCAGAAACUUAAGGGGAACUUGAAGUAUUUUUAGAUAGGAAUCAAGAUAUAUACCGUUCUUUUAAAAUUUGGAGUGAUUAAUUAAACUAUGGAGAACUUUAUUCAAAGGAUCCAAAGUAUAUUGAGAAAAUUAAAUUUACAUUGAUACUUGUAAUUAUAAUUAUAUAAUAAAUAGUUAUCAGAAUGGUUAGUGGCUGUGUGUUAUAAAUAAUAAGUAAAAAAAAGGAUUUUAAUCUAAACUUAAACUUAGCCAAGAAUUUAAUAUAAAGCGAAUAUUUUUUUGGAAUAUAUUUAUGAGCCAAAGAAAUUAAGUGAAAACAGAAGAACAAAUGAAGUAAGAAGAUAAACUGUUCAUGAAAUUUUACUGGCUGCAACUCCAGAUAUGGCAUAUGUUCUUUCUGAAGGUUUUAUCAUUUCAAAAUUAACUAAUUAAUUGAUUGCUCCUAUUUAAGGAGGAUUUUGUAGAAUAAAAGAUUGGCUCAUAGCAGUUAGGGGAGUAACAAACUUAAAUAUGAAAGAAUUUUAGGAAUUGUUAAAAAUUAGUAGAGAAUAUUUUUCUGAAUAAAGAACUAUUUGA